GCAUGGGUGACUCAAGGCUUGUCCUUCUAGUUCUCUCUUAGGAAGCCCAGCUCCUGUUGUUUCCUUUUAUCCUGGAGGGGAGGAUUAAUGCACAAAAAUAGUAAUUAUUUGAAAAUUAAAUAGUUGCUAUUAAUUGUUCCAAAGACAAAGCCUCAGUUUGGGGAUGAAUUCCCUAUAAGAUGAAACACUUCGGAAACUUUUUGGUGGGGGAGUCUAGAAAAAAUGUUGGUGCAGCUUUUUGGGUCGCAGAUGAUCUCUGCCAUGCUUUUGGAGCUUACAUCUCAGCUCCAAAUGCUUGAGCUGCAUGAAUUCGUUGGAUCUCCGCCCCUAAAAUCUGAGGGUGGUGAGGAUGUCUCGUAGAGACAUAGGGGCUAACGUCUGUACCUUGCUCGGUGCUGUGCUGUGCACAUCCAAAGUGCUUACUGAGUGUUAGCUAUAGGGCAGGAUGUAUGAGACAGGCCCGAGGCCAUUGCUUGGAUUUGUAUAGUGUCUUCCUACAGAGCCCAUCCAAAAGCAUAUUGCUUUUAGUACCACUCUGCCCUUUGCUGGUUGCACUGAUCCUGCAUGCCUUGUUCUGUGCACACAUUGGCUGGGAAUUCUUAUUGAAGGAACCCAAGAGUGAUUUCCAAGGGCACACCAACUGCACACAUACUGAGAAGUAGAGACUGAUUGCUUUGCACCUUUCUUGCUUUAUGAGAAGAGGAAAUGGUACCUAUUUUUUAUUAUUUUAUCUAGCCAUUGCUUUUAGAAUUGUAAUUUAUCUCAGUUAGCAUUCUUCAAUUCUGAAUUAUGCAAAGAGCUCUAAGUAACUGCUAUAUGUGCUCCAAUCUGCUAUUUCCAUUUAAUUUUUAGAGCAAAGAUCUCCCAUCCACUAGUUAUCUCCCAGGGGUAGGCCAGGUCAAAACAUGAAGCUGGGAACUUACUGUAGAUCUCCCAUGUGAGUGGCAGUGGCCCAAAUAUUUGAGCCAUUAUCUGCUGCCUCCAAGAGUAUCAGUAGGAAGAGGUACUGGAAUUGGAGGAAGGACUCAAGCCUAGCCAUCAGCGUAUGGCAUGCAGGCAGCCCAAGUGGUGUUUUAGCCAAUGUACCAAUUAUUUGCCCCCCCCCUUUUUUAAAUCAACUUUAUCAGCAACAAGAAAAAUAAAGGACUUCUUAGGAACUUUUGAGCCUAAAAACCUUAGAAGUUCAAAGAACAAUUUAUGCUUCAGUGUUUCAUUUUUAAACCAAGAAUUGAAAUGAAAUAGCGAGUUAUACUCACUUAGUUGAAAUUAUGAUUUGUGGAUCUGAAUCAAUGUGCUGUGGAAAGUACACUUGUUCCUUAGUGAUUGUGCUACUAGAAAAUCACUGGUAUAUUACCAUGAGUCAGUCUUAGUGCAAUUUCCUAGUUCCUGCAUGCCUGAGACAGGGGGAUGAGUGGGAAGAGGGGCUGGACAAGAUGAGUGUGAGGGCAAGCACAUGGAACAGUAAAUGGUAUGACCUUACCAAGGGUGAGAGGAACUGCCAAUCCGUCCAUGCCCACGUCACUAGGCUGUCUGACCCGGGGCAGGCCUGCAUCCUCUGAUAGAAAGGAGCAUCUUCCUCUUUCCACAAGGACACGAGCUUCAUUUAACCCCUACUCAAAAGCUCACAAGACACUGGACCACAAGGCAGAACUUUCUGAUCUAACUUGUAGUUACCAUUUCCCCUAACAAUACUUUUUAAAGUGCUAUGAAAUUAUGACAUAGGUGAGAUAUAGAUGUAGAUGUAGAUAAAAUGACAUAGCAGAUGCAUGUAUUACAUAUAUUAUAUGUAGAUAAAAUGUGCUUUCAGAAUCUGAAAAAUCAACAUGGACAGUGUUUGAUGGUUCUCAUUUGGAAUGUACAUGUCGGGGACAACACCUUUUUUACUUCACAAAUGACUAAAUGACAUAUGUGACAGUAUGUGUAACGCUUCUUUUGGGUAUGCUUUCUUCCUUUAGUCUUCCUCUGUUCUCUAUCUAAGAUUUAUUUAUUUAAAAGCAAAAUGACAUCCUGGUGGGGGCGAUGGGAGAGAGAGACCUUUCAUAUUCCAUCAGUUGGUUCACUUCCUCAGUGAACUCUGUGGUGGGGAGCCUAGGAUCCCGCCCCGCUCUCUCGUGUCAGCAGGGAGCAAUGAAAGAUGUUGCAGGUUUGGAUUCUUGGGAAAUCUUGCUCCUUGGCUUGGGAAUGGCCUGCCUCUGUUUUCCCGGCUUCUUCUCUUGGGCAUGUCUGGUCUGUAUCCAAAUUUCCUCAAGAUAUCAGUCAUGCUGGAUGAGGACCCAUUCUAAAAAUAUCAUUUUUUACUUUUACUUUAAAGGCCUUCUAUCCAAAUGCCACAAGAAACUGGAGAUUAGGGCUUCCGCAUGUGAAUUUGUGGGCUGAAGGGUGGGACAUGAAAACAUCCCAUAACAAUGAACAAGCAGCUUUUGUUUUGUUCCUCUUAGAGGAAGUGGGCACAAAACCUCUAUUUUAUGGUAAGAGAUAAGACUUGCACUCAAUGUUUGUAAGUGUUUCCCUUAUGGGCAUGCUGGGACACUGACUUUUCAUUAUUUUUUUUUUUCUGUAGUAUCUACUGCACUAUUUCUAGAAUUAUCAACCCCAGUUAUUGAUUUUUUAAGGACACCAACUGAAGGACCUGAAGACCUCCGGCAGGGGCCACUUCCUGAACACCAUAAUUGGGUCAAGUCUCCACUCUCCAUAUGUGAAGCAUUAACAUGAAAGACUUUUGGGGACAAAUCUUGAAUACAUUGACCUUUGAGGCACAAUGAAGGAUCGGCUAGCAGAACUGCUGGAGCUGUCCAAGCAGUAUGACCAGCAGUUCCCAGACGGAGGAGAUGAACUUGACGGGACUGAGAACAUCGUGUACGAGACGGACCACCUGCUGGAGUCCUUGUACCAAGACAUCCAAGAUAUUCAGGAGGAGAACCAGCUGCUGAUGGCUGACGUGCGGCGGCUAGGCAAGCAGAACACCCGCUUCCUCACGUCCAUGCGGCGCCUCAGCAGCAUCAAACGCGACACCAACUCCAUCGCCAAGGCCAUCAAGGCCCGGGGCGAGGGUAUCCACCGCAAGCUGCGCGUCAUGAAGGAGCUGAGCGAGUCUGCGGAGGCCCAGCACGGCACGCAUUCGGCCGUUGCGCGCAUCUCGAGCGCGCAGUAUAGCGCCCUGGCACGCGCCUUCCAGCAGGCCAUGCAGGAGUACAACCAGGCCGAGAUGAAGCAGCGCGACAACUGCAAGAUCCGCAUCCAGCGGCAGCUGGAGAUCAUGGGCAAAGAGGUGUCUGCCGACCAGAUCGAGGACAUGUUCGAGCAGGGCAAAUGGGACGUAUUCUCCGAGAACCUGCUGGCCGACGUGAAGGGAGCACGGGCGGCGCUCAACGAGAUCGAGAGCCGCCACCGCGAGCUGCUGCGGCUGGAGAGCCGCAUACGCGACGUGCAAGAGCUCUUCCUGCAGAUGGCGGUGCUGGUGGAGAAGCAGGCGGACACACUGAACGUCAUCGAGCUCAACGUGCAGCAGACACUCGACUACACCGGACAGGCCAAGGCACAGGUGCGCAAGGCCGUGCAGUACAAGAAGAGGAACCCUUGCCGGACCAUCUGCUGCUUCUGCUGCCCAUGCCUCAACUAGAGGCCGAUCCACGCCCGCUCGCACCCUGCAGCGUCUUCUGCACCAGAUGAGAGGUUCCCCGAAUCCCGUGGAACUUGCUCUUUAGAGCAAUAGACGAGGUUCAAGGAUUGCACACCUGUCAUGCCUGGAGAGACAGCUGGUCUUGGUGGAUGGCUGUUGAACAAGGUUCCUACGGGACACACUGCAGUAUUCUCCUGAGUGAAGUCCAAUGCAGACAUGAUGUGGGAUCCGACCAGUCUGUGCCACGGCCUGUCCCCAGAAACCCCAACAAGUCACUGUUGCGUUCCUAAGUGGAACGAAUUCAUGGCAAAAACUUACGUUGCGUAUCCUGUCGUCAGUUUUUUUGGUUUCAUUCUGUUUGGGGUGAAACUGAUCUGAGAUAAAAACUAUGCCCUCCAUUUCUCACUCUGAUUUGUGCAGAUUUCCAUCUAGAUGUCAACUUUUCUGUGCCCCUUGUCUGCUUUACUGACAGCACGUUGGACACACGUUGUCUCCUUUCUUUCCCUUUAAUGUCUUCCACCAGAAUGUAUUUCGGAAUUAUUUUUCCAAAUAUUUUAAAGCACUGAUUGUGAAAUGAGCAUUCAAAUUAAAGUUUGUAUCUAUCAUAUUUUAUAUAUUUUUCACAGGUAAGACUUAUUUAAAGUUAACCUUUUUAGUUGACUACAUAUGUAUUUGUAAAUGCAAAAUACUAAUCCACACUGAAGUGUGUGCAUCCCCAAAGCUGGUUUAAUCGUACUUUUGCAAACGUGGCAUACACAUGUCACAAAAAAACACUUUUGGCCACUGGUGGUGGUUUGCUUGUCUGCAGCUGAUUUGCAGGCCAGGUAAGGUCAAAACUUGAUGUUGAACAACUCUACAUAGGUUUUGAUGCUAAGGCACAUCUUGAAGGCUGAAAGCAUACACAGAACUACAAAUAAUAAAAGUGUUUUUUGGAAACACCACUUUUGUUUUCAUAUAGACCAUUUCUUUCAUGCAUUAAAAUGGAAUACUUUAAAAGAAUCCUGUUUGUCAGAUAAGCUUAAUAAAUAAUCACAUUGCAAACA